AUGUCGAAAUUAAAAGAUGCAGCAUUGAAGACGACAAAAGUGUUAGCAAAUGUGGAACGUUUUCCUCUUAUAUUAUACAAACGAAUUCUAAGAUUGCAUUAUGGUUUGCCGAAAGAAAUGCGUACAAUUGGUGAUCAAUAUAUAAAAAGUGAAUUCCGAAAGCAUAAAAAUGUUUCACCUGAACAAGCUGUUAUAUUCUUGAAAGAAUGGAAGGAAUAUUCAACAGUCUUAUCUAAACAGCUAUCUAGUCGUGGAAUUGUGAAAGGAAUUUUAGGCGUUAAUUUGAAUCCCACAUUGUUGGACAGUUUACAAGAGGAUCAGCUCUGGCAAUUGUAUAAUUUAAAACUGGAAGCAGAAAAGCCCACACAGAAUGAUAAAAGUAAUAAAUCCGAUCAUUAA